AUGCCCCGUCCCCGCCGCCAAAACGCUCCACCUGUGGCCCUGAUAGCUACUCUUGGAGCUGCCGCUGUUGCAGCAGCAGCUGCUGCAUAUUUCUACUUUUCAUCUGCUCCGUCUUCGAAAGAGUCGCUGCAGCUUCCACACAAACAGAUCUCCGAGCCCAAGAAAAAAACUAGCACCCAGCAAGUGGCCAUCAUAUUGUCCAAGGACUUAAUUGAAAACGGUGACGUUCCGUUUGCAGAUCUGCUAGCAAAGUUCCCUAACCUUGUUUUCAUUUACUUCCCCGCAGACUUUUCUGAAGAAGGAGAAGAAGAAGAAGAAAAUGAAGAUUUACCCCGCGACAUUGAACAGCUACAACUUCCGGAUCCCAUUGCAGAAGUUAUCGACAUUGCCAAAGAUUCAUACAAGUUUCUUCCGUGCGGAACAGCAACUGGUGCUACUCACAUUGUUAAACACUUGCGUCCACAGGUCUUGGUGGUCCCACGCAGCCAUAACGACCGCGAAGAUCGACAAGUCAAGGAACAAGACGUUACUCGGUUUGUGGGAUCUGUGCAAGAGAUUGAAGACGAUGCAGCUGAUUUCUUUGCAUCGAUGCUUGUUUGA